ACAUGGGAUUCUGGGAGUUGUAGUCGCGGUGUGAGAAAUAACGGGGAUCCUCCGGAGACAAGACUACACUUCCCGCCAUGCAACGCGCCGCCUACUUUCCCUGAAGCUUGGAGAGCUGCGGGAGGCCGAGCGCAGAGACGGAUCCCUGGGGGAGCCGGGCCGGCCACUCCUUGUUGUGCUGUGUGUGCGGCUACCUCCCGGGGCCCGCUACCUGAUGACAUGAUUCAUGGGGAUGGGCCCGCAGACAUGGACGAGCCGGAGAUACACGAUGCCGACAAAGGCAAGUCUGGAUCCUUUGAGAGACCGGAGUCUGUGAAUACAACAGAAGCAAGGCUGAGGAUGGAAGGAGUAGAGUUUAAGGAAGAAUGGCAGGAUGAAGACUUUCCAAGACCACUUCCAGAAGAUGACCAUAUAGAAGGGGAUUACUUGUCUGGAACAGAUGGAGAGGGCAGACCAGCUUGGGCUUUUCCAGUGCUGGAUCAGUCAGUUUAUUGUAUUCCUUACUCAGCAUCUCGUAACUCACUUCCCAGUCCACUUGAAAUCAACGGCAGUAAAAAAAAGAAAAAACUCACAGCACCCAAUUUAAGUCUAACACUGGAUCGCAGUGAUGGCUCCAUCUUAUCUGAGGAUUUGGAUGAAAGUGGGGACUUGGAUUUAGAUGAUCUAGAUACUCCAUCGGAGAACAGCAAUGAAUUUGAAUGGGAAGAUGACCUCCCGAAACCAAAAACUACUGAAGUACUUCCAAAAGGAUCGAUUCCAGAGUACACUGCUGCAGAGGAGAAGGAGGAGAGCAGACGCUGGCGUAUGUUCAGGAUUGGAGACCAGGAUCACAGGGUGGACAUGUCUGCUAUAGAACCUUACAAAAAAGUCAUCAGCCAUGGAGGUUAUUAUGGUGAUGGCCUUAAUGCCAUUAUUGUGUUUGCUGUGUGUUUUAUGCCUGAGAGCAAUCAGCCUGACUACCGAUACCUGAUGGACAAUCUUUUUAAGUAUGUUAUUGGCACUUUGGAAAUGCUAGUUGCAGAGAACUACAUGAUAGUUUAUCUAAAUGGAGCCACAACACGAAGAAAAAUGCCAAGUCUUGGAUGGCUUAGGAAAUGCUAUCAGCAGAUUGAUAGAAGGUUGAGGAAAAAUCUGAAGUCCCUCAUAAUAGUUCAUCCUUCCUGGUUCAUCAGAACUCUCUUAGCUAUUACUAGACCUUUCAUUAGCUCAAAAUUCAGCCAGAAAAUUAAGUAUGUUUUUAACCUGGCAGAAUUGGCAGAACUUAUUCCUAUGGAGUAUGUCGGCAUACCAGAGUGCAUAAAACAGUAUGACGAAGGAAAAUGUAAAAAGAAAAACAAAAGGAUUGACAAGGAUCUUAACAAGAAGAGUGAAGACCAAGUCACUGAGCAAUAAUGCUGUAGAUGUCUGACUAAACUAAAGACCGUCCAACAAGGAGUGGAAGAUUGUCUGUUUCUUCUAUUUGCAGUAUCUAGUUGUAUAGUUUUCGUGCUCCAAAAGGUGCCUUUUCAGCAGUGACUGUGGGAUCUAUCCUCAAGAACUGAAACCCCCCAUGGAAACAGACUGUUACAAGACAACACGGGCAUCCAACACGUUGCAAUAUAUACUUACAAAACGUAGCUGGUGCCCUACAUAAUAAACAUUUGUGUAACUGUUUUUUGGGUUCCAAGCAAUGUAUGAGAAGAUGGUGGCAGAAGUACCCACCUUGCUUGCUUAUAAUUUGGAGUCAGGGCUCCAUCUGCCGAAAUGCUGCACAGUGUUUGCAAAACUGGUCAUGGAUUUUGAAUCGUUGCAUAUAUGGCAACACAAGGGUAUGGUGGAUUGACUUGCUUGAGCUCCUGUCUGCACUUUUUGCCAUGUUAUUAUUUUAUUUGCUUAGUGUCUAACACCUAGAAAUAGUAAGGUGAUUUAACAGUAUGUUCUUUUUGGUUUAGAGAAGGUGAUGAGUGCUUUGAGUAUUGUUGUAGUAGGAAAUACUAAGAUCUAUCACAGGUAAUAUUGCAGUGUGGAUAACAUAGUGUUUAGGGGUUUUAGAAUAGAAUGUGGCAGUGUCUGUUUUCAGAAAGAUGUAAAUUAUUAGUCACAGCAGUAUUUUAACCGUUAAUGGGUUGUCCUUUGAGCUCUUUGCACUUUAGUAAACCUAGCCCACAUCCUUGCUACAUAUCACAAAUCUAUUAUAAAGGAGACGUGGAAGCUCUUGAAUAUGUAUUGUUUCUUUUCAAGAGGGUUCACCUGCAUUUUUAUCGAACUGAUUAUUUUUCAUAUAUCAUAUGGCUAGACUGAAGCAUACAAAAUGCUGCCGGCUGUUAUUUGCCACAUACAAAUAUUUGUAUUAGUCAUAAUGUCAAUUCUUUAAAUGGUAGCACAUUAGAUUUCUUAAGGCAAAUUCCUCUAAGGGCUAUGACACGCUGCCAGUUUUAUACAGGAAAUUUGUAGCAGCCACUUAUUUCUUUAUUUUAUGUAGCGGGCUGUGGUACAUGCAGCUAUAAAUCACAGCUGUUACAUAUUCUUUACCAGCUACAUUGGAUAACAGCAGCUAAGAAGCCUGACUUUGCUGUCAGCUCUACUUCAUGUUUUCUCAACAGGAUUCCAAAUGAGAACGGUUUGUAGCUAUUGCAUGUGUGACGUUGCCCUUUUAAAACCAUUCAGUUAACGUGACAUGAAAUAACUUUAUACCUAGUGAUUUCUAAAAUAACAAUUUAACCCCCAAGUUGUCAUUUAAACUAAUCUGUGUGUGUGUCCUUAAUGUCUGCCAUCUAUAUGCACAGUCCAGGUUAUGUAUAGUGUUAUGUAUAGUGUUAUGAGACCUGAAUGUUUCCUGAUGAUCAGUUCACUUUGCAUUUUUACUUAUGCACAUUCAGAGUAUAUUUUAAUUAUUUUGCCUCAUUCAAUCUGUGCAAUUGGCACACUUUUUUUUUUUUUUCCUCAAGCUGUAAUGAUAGGUGUGUGCAAAGAGCUGCUCUAUGUGGACUGUUCACACAGCCAGAAAUUGCCUGUGGUUAGAGACAGAUGAUUAUGGCUGAAAGCAGACAGACUGUAUCCAACCAUGAUCAUCUGUUCUUAACCACAGGUCACAGAUAGCUGUGGCGGCAAUGGGCUUGUCAUUGCAUUGUAGGGGUUUGGCAGCAGCUCUUUGCACACACUUGUCAUCCCAGUAACAGGAGUCUGCAGAAUCUCUCACUGAAAAUGCUGCAUGUGCCAACGGUAGUGUGAAAAAGGUCUGACCGUUUCCACUAGCUUUUUGUGCACAAAUGCAUCUUUAUUGACAUCAGCUUGAGAUUCUUCGGAGUUGAAUCAGAAUUCUUUAAAGGUGACCUGCAGUGGACUUCCUUCUGGCCUGCAUUUGACCUACUUCAAGUUGCUUUUGCGUUCUCAUAGACUUGUAUUGGGGGGGGGGGGAGAGAAACCAGUGUGAAAUCAACAAAAGCCUGUUGACACUGGCCUUUAAGAUGCCCAUACAUUAUACAAUUGUCUUCUUCAAUUUCCUUUAGAUUUGCUUUCAACUAUGUAGUGCAAGGGCCUGCCUGAUUGAAUACAAUUUGAAAGUAUUUAGGUUUGACGUAUUUUAUACGGUUUUGGUAAAUCUAAAGGAAAAUUUGUACAAGAAAGUUGUAUGAUGUAUGGCCAGCCUUACCCUGUCGUAUAUAGUACACUGCCAACAAAUUGUGUACCCACACACCUUUUUUUAUAGAAGUUUACAAUUUAGGGCCUAUCAGAUAAUGUAGUGCAAAAAGCAAUAAUUAUGUGCUGCAGCACAUGGCAGCAAUACAAAUUUUAGUUCAUGGAAAGCGUUUCAGCAAAAAAGUAAUUCUGAUUGGCUACUACACUCAUAUUAAAGUGAUAUUAAAGGUU